UUAGUUCGAUAAAAAUUAAAACAAACAUUAUAAAAUAAAAGCUAGUUACUUUCCACGUAAGAUGAAGAGAAACUAACAAUUAGAAGAUAAAGAGAAAAAUUUGAAUUUUGAGUGGAAAAUUAUGGUAAAUCGAUCGAAGCAAAGAAAAUAAUCGAAACUUUGCCUUGCUAGCGACGAUAUAAUAUUCAUUCGCAAACGAAAUCAAUCGCUAAAUACGUCGAAUGAAGAUCAAAAGAGCAUCGUCUUUUCUUCGAACAGCAACGAGUCGAAGUUUUACCAAACUUUGCAUCCAAAGGACAAGACGAACAAAGGUGGAAUAAUUAAGGAAGAAUUGUCCACGUGUUUAAAAUUUGAUUAAAAUUUUCCGCGAGCGUUCCCUUCUCCGCCGGAGCGAUAAUUGCAAGUUGAGGUGGACAUCUCGAGACUAGAAAAUGACGGAGGACAGAGAUCUGAAGGAAGUAAUGUGCACGAGUUAUCCUGCGACGAUAGUAAACGGCAAGCAAAAGGAUGAUCGCGACGUGUUGGAUAUUAAAGUGUACAAAAGGAGAUGGCUGAUGCUGGGCUUGUUCAUUUUGUAUACGGCAACGACCGCCUUUCAAUGGAUACAAUACUCUAUAAUCACCAACAUAGUAUCCAGGUACUAUAACGUCUCCUCGUUAGCUGUCGACAUGACGUCGAUGGCAUUUAUGGGUUACUACGUAAUUUUCGCAAUUCCUGCGACGUACGUAAUAGAUCGCUGGGGACUCAGGUGGAGUAACAUUAUUGGUUGCGGCAUUGGUUGCCUUGGUUCGUGGAUAAAAGUUCUAUCCGUCAGUCCAGAUAGAUUUUACGUUACCUUCAUCGGACAGUCUCUGGUCGCUAUUAUACAGUCUCUAGUUCUAAUUCUGCCUGGACGACUCGCGGCGCAAUGGUUCCACUCCAACGAAGUCUCCACCGCCACGUCUUUAAGCCUUUUCGGCAAUCAGUUAGGGAUAGCGUUAAGUUUCUUGUGCACGCCGAUGAUCGUCAAAAACCACGAGAAUCUUGACGAUAUUGCCGAUAACUUGGCGCACCUCUUCUGGGGCGUAGCUAUCAUCAUCUCCAUUGCAUUUUUGCUAAUUAUACUACUGUUCGAAGACGAUCCGAAGUUGCCACCAAGCACCACGCGAGCUCUACAGAAAAUUAACCAGAAGGAGGAGAGCUUCAUCGAACCGAUGAAAAGACUGUUCAAGAACAAAUAUUAUUUAUCGCUUUGCAACACUUACGGCUUGAACGUCGGUGUACUGAACGCCGUGGCGACGUUAUUGAACCAAAUAUAUCUGGCGCAUUUCGAGAAUGGCGAAGAAGACGCUGGUAGAAUCGGUCUGGCCAUGAUCAUCAUGGGCUUGUUAGGUUCUGUCAGUUUUGGAAUUAUUCUCGAUAAAACGCACAAAUACAAAGAAACGACGGUGAUCGUCUACUUCCUCUCGCUGCUUGGCCAGAUUUUCUUCGCCGUGUUCACUUGCCUCGAAAUGAAAUGGAUGGUGUACCUGUCGGCCAUUUUCCUUGGGUACUUCAUGGCGGGCUAUGUAGCGUUAGGCUAUGAAAUAUGCGCGGAGUACACGUAUCCAGAGUCGGAAGGACUCGCGGCGGGUAUACUGAACGUGACUAAUAACGUUUACGGCAUCGUCUUAGUUUUGAUAUUUGGCAAAUUAUUGGAAACACACGGGGACAUACCGGUUCACAUAGGACUGUGCGUGGUGCUACUCGUUGGUUUGAUCAUGACCGUGAUGACGAAAGACGUGCAAAGACGUCAGGAUGCCAAAAAGGGUGCCGAGUACAAGGUAGUAAAUCAGAGUGACAAGAAGAGCGGAGCUAAUUAACUGCACGCCGAUCGAGUGUACUUGUGCCAAACAUUGCGGAUUCCAUAGCUGACGUUGUAUAAAAUACUUAACUAUUGUGAUAUUUUAAACGUAUAGCAUUUUACACAUUUUUACGUACGAAAGCGCCUGGCGUGCCUAUAUUUAAACGUGUCGACAACUGUAAGCGGAAUAUGCGAGCAGGGAAGGAAAAAGAGGACAUAAAUUAUUAUUCAAAAUCUCCGUUUAUAAAUCAAGUCGAUUUUUUGGUUAAUGCCCAAUACUUCCCAUCCAACACGCCAAACUGGCAAUCAAAAAUAUAAAAAAUUACGACAACCUGUUCAAAUUGUUUUGUCAAAUGUAACGGGAAAAUUCUCCGCGUGAAAAAAUGAAAUUUAAUCUCCGCGAUGUGACGCUUGCAUUGUGUCCAAAAGUAAUAAACGACCGUCGAUAAAGCCGAACACACAAUUUAAAAUGAUUUUUCAAAAUACCAUCGAACAAUCGCGCGAAGGCUGGUUCCAAGCCCGUAAAUUCAAAAGAGUGAUCGAUUCAGCAUGAAAUGACUGAUAAUUAAAUAGUAGCGUUAUUACCAAAAUACUCCAAGAAUAUUGUUUCUUAACUCGAAACGAAUGCAGCCAAACGAGCAUGGUUUAAAUGUAUAUCAGAAAGUUUUUAUACGAUCGAAAUUACACGUUCGAC